AUGAUUGAACCUCAGGCAAGCAUCUCAAAUGUCCGCGACGAUGAGGCUCCCCAAUGCACACGGUGUCGUAACAGGGGGCUAGAAUGUGUCCGAUUGGGGCCAAGCCGUCGAUUUAGGAAUGGCUCCUCGGCCAAGUACGACGGCCAGUUUUCAGGAACACAAAGCUGGGUGAAUAGUAGUGUCAAAGAGUUCCGCUUACAGACAGGCCCUCGACGAGCUACACAAAGAAUCCCUUUGGCAGAUGAUGCCAUUGCUACAGACCCUAUCACACAAGAAGAUUCGAGUGGCCAUUCUAACAACCCGAUAAACAGGCGUGGCGACCAUUUACCUGACCACUCUUCACCGCUCUCAGGUCAGCCUGCUGAGCCAGGACUAACCAACUCGUCUUAUGUUGGUCAGGUAAUAUCAAGUAGUACAUCACCCCAGGAGAACGAGCAACUUCAUGUAUUAGCUCCCGCAUCUUAUCAAACCCACUCUUCCCAGCAACACCUGGCGCUUUCUCAAAGGGAUCCUUCAUGGGGUGGCAUACUACACGCAGUCGAGCCUCCAGAGCGGAGAGACGUGCCAUUGGACUCGGUUCAAGAAGCCUGUUUACUACGCUACUUCAUCGAAGAGCUCUCUCCUUGGUUCGACUUGACGGAUCCACAGAGACUAUACCAGCUAGUUGUUCCCGAACGAGCUCGACGUUACCCUCCACUUCUCAACGCCAUCCUCGCAAUGUCAACGCGACAUCUAUGCCGUUGUGAGAAAUACAGAACACCUCAAGGAAUUGUUUAUCGAGGUCAACACUUACCUAAUCUCAGUCCCGGUUCUGCAGUUGAAUACAUGCUCAAGUGCAUUCCUGUCUUGAAGGACUUUCACACUACUCGAGAUGGAGAGAUUAGAGAGCUGAUCGUCACCACAGCGGUGAUUCUUCGCCACUUUGAGGAGCUGGAUGACGAGGAAGAAGAAGAUUCAUCUAUUGAAACUCGCUUAGAUGGGGGAGUCAAUUUUCUAGCAAUCUUGAACGCUGUUCUUCGGAGUCUGACAUCAGAUGAUCUGGUUCGCCGUCGAGAACUUUUGAGUGCUUCGUUCUGGGUUGCUUUGCGGCAGGAAGUCUACUUUGCCCUGAGAAAAGGAUUUCCACCACAGAUGGUCGAACCGCCAGCGGAAUGGGCUGAUAUUUCCCCGGCAAACAAACUUGUGUUACAUACACGUCAAGUGACCAAGUGGCUAUUUGAAGACAAAUCUGAGAGCGGAUGGCAGAAGCUCAAGGAGCAGGAGGAGUAUCUUGAUCAGCAUGUCUGCGGCCGUUUCACACCGAUCCUCUUUCGACCUCCAGAUCGAGUCUCAGGCGAAGUGUUCCCGACAAUGUGGUAUGCAUCGCCCAUUGCCCUCACCGGGAUGCAGCACAUGAUGAUAGCAAAGAUGAUUCUGGUCGGCGAGUCACCGUUUCUCUCCCGAUCGGAAGAUGUCCGCUCUGCGUAUCGCAUUGCUGAAGGGGAGGUGAAGAAGUUGUUACUCGAGGUUUGUGGUACAGCAAUACAACACCCGGAUACGCAACCGGGUCUUGGAGGCCCUGAGGAUGACAGUGAAGAUGUUUAA